AUGAAUGCCCUCCCUUCUUUGUGUGUUUUGGAUGGCAAAUCGUUGAAGGCAUGUUUUGGGACAACUAAGUAUUGUCAUGCAUGGCUGAGAAAUGCGGCAUACGUCAAUCCUGAUUGUCUCUAUCUGCACCAGGUUGGUUCUCAAGAGGACAAUUUCACUAAAGAUGAGAUCAUAUAUGCUCAUACACGAUAAUUUUGUCUUCUUAAAUUGAGUAGAGUUCAACAAAUCACUCGAGCAACAAAUCUUCUGCAGCACCGUUUAGGGAGCAUGCUACCUCCACCACUGGAUGCUUUUUCUUCUGCAAAACCAAUUGUAAAUGUUCCAUCGAAUAAUGCAGCAAGUGUUCCCAUGUAUUCUCCACCUAGUGGGAGUGGGAGCUCAAGUAGAUCUACCGCUCUUCCUGCUGGAGCGUCAUGGGGGUCACAUAUUGCAAACCAGCAGUCUUUAGCAACUUCGGUUACCUCAAAUGGAUCUUCUGAAAUACAAAGAACAACAUCAGUAAAUGGUACAUUGGCCUUUUCCGUUGUUGUUGCAAACGCAGCUCAUGGUCCUGUAUCCAGUAGUGACAUUCUUAAAAGACCAUCGCGCAAAGAAGAAAGCCAAAUAGCUGCUAACAAAAGCAAGCCUAAGGUGUUGAAGCCUUUGGAGCAUAAUGUUGUUGCUGAUUCUGGGUCUAAAAGAACUACCUCACCUGAUAGAGAUCCUCCAAGCAAUCGGUUAUCCAGUUUAACAAACUCUUCUUACGAUGGCAGAGACCUUGCCAAGCCUUCAGCUACUGUAAACUCAUUUGACGAUACAUAUGAGGCUGUAGAAGAACCUACUGUAAGCAACUUGUCUGCUAUUGUUUCACAAAUGGAGAUAACUACGAAUUUGAGGGAUGAACGCCCUGAUAUUGCAAUGAGAUCAGAUUUGCAAUCCCAGAUGCAAGUUAGUUCAAAAUGGGAUGUAGAGGAUAUAUCAUCGUUAGAUAGCCAGCGGCAUCACCUUGAAGAAGAAGAUAUCAAACUCUCUCGAUUUUUGUCUAACUCUUCAAGUUCCAUUUUGAAUUCAAAUCGAUUGGCUUCUUGUUCUUCUCUGCCUUCUGGACAUCCAGGUGUGAACAAUUCAAAUUUGAGGUUUUCUUCAGACAGUGAUAGAUUGCAUCUUCCAAACAUAUAUGGUGAGAAAUCCAUGUUCAGUGUUGAGCAUUCUCUGUUUGCUAAUGAUGGCAUGAAAAAGGUUCGCAAUGGAGAGGAUGAUAAAAUCCCCAACAUUUUGGAACUUGACUUUGAUCCAUGGGAUGAAUCCGUAACUUCACCGAACAAUUUGGCAGAGUUACUGGGUGAAGUUGAUCAGCGAUCUAGUACUCUUAAACUUGGAAACCUCCUGAAGCAGCAUAACAGCCAGUCCAAAUUUUCUUUUGCCCGGCAUGGGGAAUCUAGUAAUCAAGGAUUUGAAAGGGAGAACCGUAGUAUUUAUGGGCAGUUUUCAAGAGAUCAGCCUAUUUCGGAGUCUGUGGCGAGCCGAGAUAUCUAUCGUGAUAAUCUCGGGAGUGUAAAUGGAUUUGCUUCAAACUACUCUGGUGGAUUGGAAAGCUUUAUUGCUAGUCCUUUAUACUCUUCGUACAAGGCUCCAGUUUCACGUCCCCAAAUUUCUGCACUUCUAGGAUUUUCUGCUCCCAGCAGGUUGCCUCCUCCUGGCUUCUUUUCACAUGAAAGAGUGGGGCUAUCUUCAGAUACUGCAGCAGGAACUCGUUUCCUUGACACUGGCUCUUUUAUGAGGAAUGCAUAUCAGUCACUACCUCCGGUUGGUAAUCCGACUGGUGUAAAUGAUAUUGAGUUUGUGGAUCCUACAAUUCUAGCUGUUGGAAGAGGGAUGAUUAACACAUACUUGGAUAUGAGAUCAAGUUUCUCAUCACAAAUGAAUUCCUUUGGGAACGAAACAGGGCUCCAAGUGUUGAGACAUUAGUCUCUUGCCGCACAACAACAAGUAAAUGGGUUUCAUCAUGAUCUCAGAAACUUGUCUCCGUCACCUACUGAUCCUUACGGAUUUAGUUCAAGGCUAAUGGAUUAUCAUCAGACACAAGGAAGUAGCUUAUCUCAUUUCUCACAGCUCCAAAGACAACAACCAUCAGCAAAUCCAGUCUUGUCUAAUGGUCAUUGGGAUAAGUGGAAUGGCCAAAGUUUGAACUCUUUAUGCAUGGCCGAGCUUCUUAGGAAUGAACGGCUGGGAUUCGGUGGGAGCUUAUACAACAACGGAUAUGAAGAACCGAAAUUCCGGAUUCCAAGUCCUGGAGAUGCUUAUAACACAACGUAUGGGAUGUAA